CACAGGCUGUCGGAGGGCAGAAUGUCCCGUACCAAUAAUGGUGCAGAUAAGGAGGCGCGAAGGCCGCUUCUCAACAAAAAUCAGCUGGAUCCAACCGAGCUGGACUCUGAUGAAGGUGAGGUGAUUUUCGAYAGAAGGUCCUCAGCCAUCUCAGACGAAUCUGGAGGGAGCGCAACAAAAAGACUCACUUAUGAGGAGGCGGUCGAAGAAGCAGGUUUUGGUUUGUUCCACUGGCUCCUGCUGGCCGUGUGCGGCUGGGCCAACGCCAGUGACGCCGUGGAGAUCCUCUGCGUGUCUUUCCUGCUGCCGACGGCGCGCUGUGAUCUGCUGCUGAGCUCCUCGGACAUGGGCCUGCUCACCGCCAGCAUUUUCCUCGGAAUGAUGGUUGGCGGCUACAUGUGGGGAUACCUGGCUGACCAGAGGGGGCGCCGUAAGGUGUUGGUGGUGUCGCUGACCGUAAACGGGCUGUUCGGAGGGCUGGCCAGUGUGGCUCCGUGGUUCUGGCUCUUCCUCCUGCUGCGGUUCAUCAGUGGCAUCGGGGUGGGUGGAUCCAUCCCUGUCAUCUUUUCCUACUUCUCAGAGUUCAUGCCCCGGCUGAGGAGAGGGGCCAUGAUCAGCGCUCUGGCCACCUUCUGGAUGGCAGGAAACAUCCUUGCUGCAGGUCUGGCCUGGUUGGUGAUUCCCAGAACCUGGGCCCGUUUCUCUCUGGGAACGUUAGACUUCCAGAGCUGGAGGCUGUUUGUGGUGCUGUGCUCAGUUCCCAGCACCUCCUCCGCCAUCCUCUUUAAGCUGCUCAUGCCCGAGAGCCCAAAGUUCCUCAUGGAGGCGGGUCGGGCAGAAGAGGCAAUCCGGGUCUUCAGGUUGAUGUUUGAGAUGAACAUGAAGGGAACAGAAAAGGCCUUUCCGGAAUUUGCUUUGCGUACAAACUCCAAGCCAGGAGGGGAAAUCAAAGAGAUCGGAUCUGGCGAUACAAAAAGAAAACAUCUCAUGAGUGUUUUAAAACAGGGCUUGCUUCCCAUUAAACAGAUGUUCAGCGGCUCUGUCAAAGCCCGCAGCAUUGUCCUGCUCAUCAUCUUCUACUGCAUCUCGUUUGGGUACUAUGGGCUGUGGAUGUGGUUCCCAGAGCUUUUUGCUCGAGUUGAGAGCAGCGGCGGCUCUCCCUGCGCCAACGUCUCUGUGCCGUCUGCACUCAACAACCAAAGCUGUUACCCUGUCAAGACAGCAGUCUACAUGGAGGGCUUCAUCAUCGCUGCAUCGAACCUGCCAGGCAACAUCUUCACCAUCCUCAUCAUGGACAGCACCGGCGGAAAGAUUCUGCUGUCCUGCAGCCUGAUCAUGUCCAGCUUGAGCGUCUUCCUCAUCUACGUGGUCCAGACCAAAGCCCAGAGUCUGGGUCUGUCCUGCGUCUUCAGUGGGGUCUCUGUGAUCGCCUGGAACGCUCUAGACGUGGUGGGAACCGAGCUCUACCCGACCCAGCUACGAUCCUCAGCCCUGGGUUUUUUCACCGGAGUGGGCCGAGUGGCGGCCAUCAUGGGUAACGUGGUCUUUGGGAAGCUGGUGGACUCCAGCUGCACCGUUCCCAUCCUGCUGGUGUCGGCCCUGCUGCUCACAGGAGGUCUGGUGGCUCUUCUGCUCCCACAGACCAGGCAGACAGAGCUCACCUGAUCGCUGACUUUGGUUUUUUAGAAACCCAAACGAAGUUCUUAAAGCUCUUAAAGUUCUCCAGACCCAAACGAAUCUGGUGUUUCUGUUGCCUUCAGACAAUUCUCUUUGCCUUUUAAAUUCAGACUGCUGAUAUCAGAUCUUGUGUUUUGGGGAAGCAAAUCUGAUUGCCUUUAAAAAAAAUUUUUUUUUAACAAUUUUAGCAAAAGAAAAUAUAAGAACGCUACUGAAAAAUAUAUUUUCCUGACAUGACAGGCCAUCAAUUGUGUGCACUUAAAGCAGAGGCGACAUCAUUGUUCCUACAGAAAUUAUUACCCAAUGUUGGUGCUAGGACCCAAAAAUCAGAAAAGAGCUUCCUCACAACUCAAACUAGGUCAUAAAAAUGAUAAUUGUAAAAGAAUAGUCACGCUUCAAUUGCUAAAACAGUUUAAAACGCUACAAAUUGAGAAACGCAAUAUACGACGAGGCUAAUGUUAUUAAUAUCAAGGUGAAGCUCAGCAGAUUUCCUUUUGCAUGUGAAGCUUUAUGGCUUUCCAACUGAUGUAGAUAUGAAAAAGUUGAUUCUAAAUUGCUUUGAGUUCGUUUCAAAUGCAAAGGACAUGGAAAUGGGGGGGGGCAAAGAGUGAAAAGGGAAAGAGAAAGUUAAGAAUAGAGGAGAAAGAGAGAGAAGGAUGGAGAGAAUACAAGAAAACCCUAGAAGUCUUCUUCUACACCUGCAGAGAGAGAAAAAAACAAGAACCAAGAAACCUCAGGGACAAACAACAUUCAUAUAUUACAGCCCUGAAAAUCACCCUGUACUAAUUAAAAACUCAACAGGAUGAUAAUGUUGGUAUUCUCCGCUCAGCCUUCCUGUUAUCUCUCUUCCCUCUCUCAGCCUAGAGGAGCCAAAGAAACCAAUUUCUUUUUAAACAAAUUCCUACUUUAUUUGAAUUUAUUGUACUGGUACUGAAAAUAGCUUUUAUUCUUCUUCACAUGGGAACAACUUCCACACCAGAGAGAGCUGCUGUUACUGUUAGCUGAUCAGAAAUAAAAAUCAGAUUUUUGAGUUGCCAACUGGCUGGUCUCCAGUUGGUGACCCAAUGAAGCUGAAAUUUGUGCAUAAUUUUAUAUAGAAACAUCAGAUUUUGAAAAUGAUUCAGGGAUUACAUAUAUGUUUGUUUUUGUCACUCAAACAUUGUAAAGAAUGUUUGAUGAGUUUACGUGUCGUUUUUGUGUUUUUAGGAGAAUAUUCCACAUUGAUGUUUUACUACAGCGUUCUUUAAAUAUAACAUGGAGCUUGAAGGUUACAUGUUACAUAAGCUGGUUGCUUUAAAUUUCAGACCCGUGCUAAUUUACAAGAUGCCUCUUAUUAAUGUUCACUGAAAUAAUCAAAACAAUCCUGUUGCUUUUAGAAGAUUUUUAAAGUGCUCUUUUAUAAAUCUUUGUAUAUAUAUUUAUAUCUAUGCAGUUGAAUUCACUAAGUGUCUUUUGUUGAACAAAAUAGUGCCAUCGAAUGAACAGAAAUACACUAAAUAUAAAUGGAUGAUUGAGUUAACGUCAAGCAGUUAGAUUUGAUAGUAUAUCAGAGCCGUUAUUCAUCUUCAAAAUUGUUUUUUUUUAAAGAUUUAUAUAUAAUUUGAUUAGAGAUGAUUGAAAUACUGAUUUAAUUGAUAAACAUUUUGUUUGACUUAUUAAACUAGAUGUGCUGGAAGAAGUCAGUCCCAACAGUUGCCACUGUGACGCAGCGUUUCUGCUAGCUUUCAAUGUUCUCCUAUGACAAUCACUUGCUGCAUUCCAAAAAUAAAGGUACAUUGACUGAAA